AUGGCGCCACCGGUCGAGGUGAGGCAGAAAGCGCGAGGCAAACCCCGCGGCAUGCGCCGAGACCGGGACUGCCAUAGCUGCAGGACGCGCAACAUCAAAUGUGACCUGAACCGCCCGUCGUGUGCACAGUGUCUCGAGGCGAAGAUUGUUUGCGCAGGGUAUCCGCAGCGGGUGAUUUGGGCGACGGAGCGAUCGGCCAGGGACGCGGCGUCGCCCACGGCUGGUGGUGGUGGUGGUGGUGGUGGUGGUGGUGGUGCAGCGCCGCCGGGCGUCGAGGCGCAAAGGCAGCAACGCAGAGCAUCAAGACCAAACGCACCCGGAAAGCCACCUGGGCCUAGUCUGGCUGACGGGGCCGCUUCUGGGAAAACGGGCGCGGGCAUGGCAACGACACCAACAUCCACUCUGGCAGCCACCUGUUCGGGGAGCCCUGUUCUCGAUCUGCCUUGCUUGCCGACGGACCAAAACAGCUUCAUGACGAGCCUCGUGGCAUUUUGCCAACACAUCAUAUCAACAGACAUGUCCGGAGGCGACCGCGGCCACUACCUGUCCAUAGAAGCCGCCCGCCUCAUCUCCCAGCUGCACGACCUGAUGAAAGCGCGGAUCGAGGGCCGGGCCGGGGCCCCGUUGGCCCGCGGAGAGACGUGGGACUCGAUUGAGACGGCGCGCCACCGACUCGCCGUGCUGAUUGGGCUCAACGAGGCCCUCGAAGCCGCCAACCCGUUCGCGUUUCUGGGAAUCGCCGCCUUUGCCGUGCUCGAGGUUUGCGACAGCCCCUUUGGCGAGUGGCAGCGUCACCUGCACGGGGCCAAGUCGCUGCUCGACUACCACUGCCCCGACCACGGCGCGCUGCAGGACCUGUCGCGCACCGUGACGGGGCUGACCGAGAUUGUCGCCCGGCUCGUCUGGUUCGACACACUGGGCGCCAUCGCCAGAGGGUCGCAGGGCCUCAUCUUUGACGAGUGGCACCGCCGGACCGUCGACCAGAGGCUGUUCCAGGUGGUGGGCUGCUCGGCCGACAGCUUCGAGCUGUUCAGCAAGGUGGCGAGCGGGCACGUGGCCGCGCACGCCAUGGACGCGUGCAUGCUGGCCAUGGAGCAGCUCGCCAGCGUCAACGCGGACGACGACUCGGCCUGGGGCGUCUCGGCCAACGUCAACCGGUGCGCGUCAGCCAUAGCGGUGCUGGCGCAGCUCGGCGGCGCGGACCGCUCGGCCCAGAGAGCCAUGGCUGCGGCUGUGCAGCACGCGUGCGACCUGAUUGCGUCCAUGAGCCCCCUGUCCAUCUACUACAUACACGUCGCCGUGCCCGCGUACCUGGCGGGCAUGAACGCCACAGCCUGGGGCCAGUGCGAGAUACUCCGCACGUACUGGCACCGGUGCAAUCACCUGGGCGUGCAGCGGUAUCCGGACGGGUUGGCCAAGUGUGAGGAGCGGUGGAAAGCAAGGGGCCUGGCUGGCUAG